UAAUUCAAAAAACUCUAUAUACGACUGUCACGACCCGUUGUAUGCAAGAAUUCAAGUAGCCCUUUUGCACGAAUCCGUUACCAAUAUCAUGGGAAACAGAAACACCGAAGUGGAGAAGAAACACGUCGCCGUCUUAGCGUUCCCAUUCGGUAGCCAUGCAGCCCCGCUAUUCAACCUCGUCCGAGGAAUCGCUGCCGCAGCCCCGGGUGUGAGGUUCUCCUUCUUCAGCACGGCUGUAUCCAACCGCUCCAUCUUCUCCGACACCACAAACCAGAUGAAUAACAUAAAGCCUUACGGCGUGCCGGAUGGCAACACGGUACUUACCAAGAACCUGGACGAGCGUCUUGAGCUGUUUCUGAAGGCCACACCGGGGAACUUUAGGAGCGUCAUGGAAGUGGCGAUGUCAGAGACGGGGAGGAAGAUCAGCUGCAUUAUCAGCGAUGCGUUUCUUGCCUUUGCUGGGAAGAUGGCCGAGGACAUGGAUGUGCCUUGGGUUCCGUUUUGGACGGCUGGACCUCGCUCCCUUCUCGUCCACAUUGAAACCGAGGCCAUCCGGCAAAUACUAGGAGCUAACGACUCUGAAGACCAAAGAACCCUUGAUUUCAUUCCAGGAUUUUCCUCAGUACGUGUGGCUGAUUUGCCUCAAGGGGUACUGUCAGGCAAUCUAGAGUCACCCUUUUCAAAAAUGUUACACGGCAUGGGACUAAUGCUUGGGGAAGCAACUGCGGUUGUCAUAAAUUCCUUCGAAGAGCUAGACCCAAUAGCUGUGAAUGAGCUCAAGUCAAGACUCCAGAAGUUUCUCAACGUUGGUCCCUUCACCCUAACAUGGGCACCACCGCUCAGUUCUGAUGAGCAUGGCUGCCUACAGUGGUUGGACGAGCACAAAACCGAAUCCGUGGCAUACAUUGGCUUUGGAAGGGUAGUAACACCCCCGCCUCAUGAGCUGGGUGCUUUGGCAGAAGCACUAGAGACAAGUGGGUUUCCAUUUCUUUGGUCGUUUCGAGGCAACGUAGACGAAGAAUUGCCGAAGGGAUUCAUAGAAAGGACUAGUUCGAGAGGAAAAGUUGUUCCGUGGGCUCCCCAAAUGGAUGUCUUGGGACAUCGUUCGGUAGGAGUGUUUGUGACUCACUGCGGAUGGAACUCGGUUUUGGAAAGUAUUGUGAGCAGGGUGCCAAUGAUUUGUAGGCCAUUUUUCGGAGACCAGAUGCUGAACAUGAGGGUGGUAGAGUCAGUUUGGGGCAUUGGCCUGGGGAUUGAGGGUACGGUUUUCACUAAAGAUGGAGCAGUAAAAGCCCUGGAACAAACUUUGUUGAAUGAACAAGGCAAGAAAAUGAGAGAAAAAGCUGAAGCGUUCAGAGAGACGGCCUUGAAAGCUGUUGGAAUCAAUGGUGACUCUAGUGAAAAUCUCAAGACUUUGAUUGAGUUAGUAACUAAUUAGUAAAAGGAGAUUCGUGUACUCGUUAUCUGAUAAGAGUUCACCUUCAUACAAUUCCAGCCACCUUGCUUAAUAAAUUGAGGACACGUAAGAUCAAAGAGGAGUCGUAAAAUCAUGGAGAGUAGUUGUUCGGUGGAUUGAAUUAUUGAUCUUUUAAUGUUAAGAAUUAUGUCUUAAUUAGGUGUCAUGGUGGCGCUUAUUGCGUUGGCUAGUUUUUAUGUCGUUUUGUUCGUAGUUGAGUAAAGUGUCGGACCGUUAUCUCAUUGGUUAGCAUAGUCUAGUAGUUCUUAUGAAAUUGGUAGUCAUGUUGUUUUUUGCACCUUUCCACGUCAAAAAUGAUGCUACGUUUUAUGA